CUGCUACGUACCUAUAUAGGUAUGUGUAAUUAAAGUGAUUUGAAUGGAGGGGGCUAAUUUUAAUUUGGUUUCUUCAUGAUUCAAAAGAAUAAUAGUAACGUUAAGUCUAUAAAACCCCUUUAAUAGAAUUGGUCCUUGCUCAAAAGUAAGAUGGAAUCAAUAGCAUUUUUUUCAUAAUUACAAUGUAUAAUACAUAUUUCUGUCAUUUUGACGUGACAACGUCUUAAAUUAGGUUGCGGCUGGGAGUCACUUAUGAAAAAGUGUAACGCUCGGUAACGUUACGAUGAGUCUCUCGUGUUAAGUUUAAGUUUACAUGUACAAUGUUUUAGUAAACAAAAUAUAUUUCUAUAGUUAAAAUUUGUGCAAUUCUUAUUUUCAUUCAAUUCCUUGUUCCUAUUGUGCAAUUUAAUUAUAUUCAUAUCAAUAAAUAUUCUACCGAGAAAAAGACGUUGUCACGUAAAAUCUUCGCCCGUAAAACCGACUUUACAGGCAACCAUUUUUUUUCAUUGUAGUCAUUUAGAGCGAAAACUGAUUAAGUAAAUAAAUACAGUUUUCAAACUUGUAAUCUGUAGGUAUUUCAGUAUUUAUUUCGUUUCAAAUUUUAAGAUUCGGCGGGAUCUUUGGUGAGAUAUUCUGUUUAUAACAAACGUCUCAUAUGUUUAAAUUCUUUGUAAAACAUUUAUCAUUAUACAAUUAAAAUACCUGGGAAGGGCAACUCGUUUGAUAGACUUCACUUAUAAAUGUAUUGUAGAAGUAUGACAUGAUUCAUAGAAAAUUAGGUGAAAGUGUAAUCAACAAUCGAUCACAUUACUAUAUAAUAGUAAAUUAAAACAUUAUUAUAUAAAUACCAUACUAUACCAUAGCAACACCUAAUUUACGCGUUGUCAAAUUUGACCUCUAUAUUUAACAUAACAGAGUUCGUUUUACAAUACAUUUUAUAAUUUAAUGGUAUUUCGAUGAUUUCUUGUAAUUAAUGAAGAGUGUCGCAAUGGUUCUUUUUAUAAGAAUGUUCCCUCGGGUGAAGACUCAUUACGGUGUUGCCAGUGAACAGUAUUCGAUAUGGAGCUCAAGUUGGUUAUUUUGUCGUUGGCAUGUUUCUCCUGUUUGGUGCCGCCAGCACUCGGCACCUCGCUGAUGGCUGCUAAGGCGGCGGCUGUCGGUGCUGGCAUCGUCGCCAAAGGAGCUCUUCUCAAAGGUGCAGCUGUGUUGGGGGCGAAAGCUGCAGUAAAGGGCGCGGCCCUACUCGCAGCUAAAGGCUUGGCCGCGAAGGGCGCCCUAGCGGCGGGGGCCGCUGCUGUGGGCACCCAUGUAGUACACCACCUGCCUGAGAAACCAUCUAUACAGGUGCAGAUACCCGAAACCACCAUCGUGGUCGAACCUCCCAGUCUUUCUACGAUAUUCGAGCGGUUGUCCAAUCUGAUCGGCACAGUGCACACUGCUGCCAAAGAGAAGACCAUGGCUGUCGGCAGCUUGCUGGCCGCUCUCCUUCCAUCCAAGUCUAUAGUCGUGAAGCCCCCACAUCCCGAGGUGGUGGUGGAACAUGACGUCAUCGUUAGGCCGGAAAUGGUUAUUCCCCCGCCGUUGUUGAUGCCGAGGCCUGCUUUCAUUAUGCCUCUGCCUCCGCCGCCGCCGCCUCAAGUAAUCCACCCACAACCUCCGGUCGCCAUCGUUGGACCCACUAUGAACGUUUACCAACACCCCCACAAUGAUGCUUACUACCCAGUACCUGUGCUCGAGAAAGACUGUUAGAAAUAUAUAUAAAUAGACUUAAAUUAUUUAUUUAUUGUAAAUAAAAUAUUUAAAAUAGGAAAAUAUUGGUGUCUUCAUUUUUUUAAGAAACUCCUUGACUCUAUAUUUCCUUUUAUGGGAUACAAAAAGGUAUUUCGUUGCGAAAAUAAG